CCUUGGUACAUUACAUAAAUUCGUUUUGUGUUCACUCGGGUCAGAGUUUGUGAUUCAGUACAUGGAUCCUUUUCAAAAGCGAGAUAAAAUUCCACGGACACCACCUGGUCAGUCUUUUGUGGACAGAUCUUACAUCUUUGAUGGUACAACAAACGGCGACUGUUCUAUUUACGACGAAUCGGGUAAUCGCAGGACCUCUGUUUUUGAUACAGCUAGAAAAUACACUUUGACUUUUGAUAACCAUGGGAACACAAGGUAGGUUUUUCUACGUUAUGAAUAACUGGCUGAUUGAAUUUCUCUUUAAUUAUGAUAUUCAUUCUUGAUGAUAAGUUUUCUAGUUGUAUUUACUGUCUUAACCUUUUACUACUUGUCUUUCUCACCUUAUAACUUAGCCUUCGAACUUCAUGUGACAUAGUUUCACUCGAUAUUUCUUUGUCACUGAAACCAAAUAGAAUUUCUAGAAUUGGUGAAUUGCAGACAAGUUCACAUAUGGUAUCCUCUAGACAUUAUGGAUUGUUUACAUCAUCACCUGUCAAUGAGUCUACUCCCCAUCCAACUAAAUAUCCCCAGAAGGAAUGUAAUAAACAAACAGUUGCCAAUUGCACAUCUCCAGAUAAGGAGAAUAUUGCACCAUCCAAAGAAGUAUGUCCAGAGAUUGCUACGGUUAAAAAGUGUCGUGCCAAGAGAAAACGUGACAUAUCACCUGACAGUUCAGUCGUUAAUUCGUCGGUCCAAUCAACUUUUGCUGUUCCUUCGACAGUUCGGCAGCUUCGACCCAGACGCAAGGCAACUCCUAUCGUCAAUGACCAGUCAUUGUCUCUUCAGUCUGAAUCUUUAGUGAUGACGAAAAGUUCCCUAAAGAAACCAAAUAUGAGGUCAACAAAAAGGGAACAAACUAAUUCGGCUCAUCUGCCUGAGGUAAUGAAUUCCCCAGUAGUUAUUGCCGAUCCUGUAACUCCUCCAACACUUGUUCCUCGACACAGGCGUGUACAGCCAGCCAAUACUCAGAGAAGACGACGUGCGAAUGUUAGCACUUCGUCUACUUCUUUGGAUCACAGUAAAAUGUCAACUUCUAAUUCAACUGAAAAUGACUCAAUUAUUCAUCAGCCAUCUACUGUUCGGAAAAAACCAAAGGUACAAAUCGCUUAUAAUAUUGAAGACGAGCCAAUAGCUGCACGUUUACGGCGUAACACACGUGUGUCUUAUACGGGAACAAAACCUUCAAUGUAAAUAAUGGUAUAUAACUAUAUAUAUGUAUAGGGGAAAUUAGCCUCUAUAUUCUGUACAAAGUACUUUGAAAUCAUACAUUGAUCUCUAUUCAAUAGUUAUCUUAUCAUUUGGAAAUUGCAAUGUUUAUAUUGUUCAUAUCUUUCUAACUAUCCUUUCUCCAUGUAUCUAUUUAUAUUUGUAGUUAUAUUCAUUCCAUAUAUUCCAUUCCAUUUCAUUCCAUUCCAUUCGUUUCUUGUCUUCAGUUUAUUAUCUCUUUUCUUGAAUGUAUACUUUUGCAUAGAUUAACGUAUACACCUUCUUUUUGUUUUCAAUUUUACAAUAGGAUAAAAAUAUAUUAUUUUUUUUUUACAUAAUGUUUUCCAUUUCCAUUCAGUUUAUACAGAGAGGUAAGCUUUUGUGUGUGUGUGUGUGAGAGAGAGAGAGAGAGGGGGAGAGGAAAGAGAUUGUUCUGAUCUGUUUAAGUUUAGAUUUUUAUGAUCAGAAAAAAAAACUCAGUUGAUUCAUUUCAGUGUAAUAUAUCUACUGUUUACAAUUGUUUGAUCACAAAUAUCAUGUUUUGCUAGUCUGUUUUUACUGCUGAUCGAAUUUUACGGAUCAAGUUAUGAUGUAGUCACCAGUUCAAGUGCAUGUGAUGUCAAGUCACUGGGUUGAGAUGUAAAGUGGUUGAAGAAAGUCUACACAAAAUCUUGGUUUCAUAAUAUUCGUCUGUCGUCACCAAGAUGUUGUAAUCUUGAGGGAACUAGUAUUUCCUGGCGGAUCCAGUCCCGUAUCACUAAGUUUCAAAAUUGGAGACACUGCAAUUGAGUUACUCAAACUUCAACUAACCAACUAUCGGAACAAAAUGUAUAUCCUCAA